AUGGGCAUUGGCCAGAUGACCAUUCCCCUCUACCUCUCUGCUUUGCCAGAGGGGAUGACUUUCACCGUCGAUGAGAUCAAACAGGACGUCCCUUCAGGAUUCUGGGCUUAUAUUAGCUAUCCGAAUGGCAUUACUUUUCCCCACACCUUCAACCUGUCUGACAUCACCGAAGGUCAGCACAACAAGCUUCGCGGUGCGAAGAUAGCGGAGCUUGCCCUUCGCACAGAUGGAUUUGGGUUGCAUGGAGGACAAGGAGGAUCAUUCGUCGUCAAGUUCACCAUCAGUGGACACCCAAAGGAUCACGCCGAUCUCCCUGACCAAAACAUAACAGGAUCCCUCUCUAUCGGCACAUCGGAGUGGGGUGUAUUCUCUCGCCCGGACCAAACCAACUUCAUGUGGCAGGUUGAAGGGCAGCAGCGCACCUUCACAGCAGGGACUCCGACACUUACCUACCUCGAUGAUUCAUGCUUGGCGGUCGCUUACGUCCCCGAGGAACAAAAAUACGUGUUUGGGGUGAGCAAUGAACAAGACUUCAUUGUCAAGCUGUUGCAAGGCGGUGUUGACGCCAUCCUCACGGGGCACAAAGUGUUAUACUCAACUGCUGCAGGGAUGGUUGCUUCUUUCGGCGGUGCUGCUGUUGCGGUGGUGGCUUGGGGUGCUAGCAAGAUUGACGUCAACAGCCUCAACACAUUCCUACAACAGCGACUAGUUCGUGCGAGCAGGAUCGUCUCUAUCAACUACCCCAAUCGUGGCCCGUGCACAUUCCGGGUCCGAGCCGUGGCGCUUCGUGAGGAUGAAUUGCUUCCAUCCCUAGAAACCAUUACUGCCACCAAUAUACCAAUCAUUUUGAUCGAGGAUAUCAGCUCACAACUCAUGAGUCUUGUAGGGAGAGCUCUCGACAUCGAUCACUAUUCUUUGCCGACUGUGUCAAUACGAGCUUUCAAGAUUUCGAGGUUUCACCAGUACCACUCCCUAUUGCAAUCUUACCAUCGUUAUUGUCAGAAAGCGGCUAUCUUCAUCUUUACUUUCGGCAAAUAG